AUGGCAAAGCUGGAGCUCAAAGGUCCAUUAAGCAAGGCUGAAAAGCCCAAAUUCUCACAUUUCCUCACCUCUCCCCUCGUAACCGUCACUGUUGCCAGGUCGAGAACAUUCUACCUCCACUUCGACCUUCUCGUUGCCGAAUCGGACAUGUUUUCCAACAGCCUGACUGGCGGGUUCAAGGAAGCAGAGGAGAAAGCCAUUGAAUUGGAGGAUGAAGAUCCCGAGAUUUUUGGAUUCUUUGUCGAAUACCUUUACCGCAACCAAUCAAUUCUUUCCCGCGACGUCGCACAUUACUCCGAAUAUGUGACCCUGGCGCGCCUCUAUGUCAUGGGAGAACGCCUAAUGGCGCCGAAGUUCCAGGCCUACACGUUGUGGAGGUUCGUUCAGCCACUAGACACCCGCACAACUAUCUCAGAUGAAAGCAUCUGUGAGCUGCUCCGGAUUGCGUGUGAGGAGAUUAUGGAGAGGGUCGGUGAAGAUCCUCUAAGAUCCCACAUAUUCUGGUAUGCAGGGAACCAAAUCGCAAAGCUUCAGAAGUCGGGCAUGUUUCGUCAGCUGUUAUGCGACGCUCCAGAUCUGGGCAGGCACAUGUGCUUAUGGGUGGGCCAAAGUCAACCAAAAAAACCAGACAUGCCGAACGAACUCAGAUACCAGAAGUUUGCACCAGAGAGCGAUUACCCCCUACAACAAUACUCUGAGACUGCACCAAAGGAUGAAUAG